AUGGAUAUAGUACUAGAAUAUUGCGACUACUACUUGCUAGACAAGGUUUAUGCUUAUGCCUUGCCUAAAGGAGGUUAUGUUGAUACAUUGAUCCACCAAAGUCCCUUAUUUAAUACAAUAGCACAAUUUGACUUGGGCAAGGCUAUCAAGACUGUACCAAUAAUAGACCAUAUAACAUCUACAAAUAAUACCCUUGUGUCAAAUGCCAUUAAUUUCAAUGCAACGAGUAUUAAUUCUGCCAAUUUGCCCAGCUAUUUAUUAAACAAAGUUAUCAAUUAUCAAAACAAAGCUGAUAUAUAUGGGUUGAAACCAAACUUGUUACCUGCUGGAGACUUUUUUUCAAGCUCGUUUUUACCAAGAUCAAGCUUGUUUAGAGAAUCUUUGAGUUUGUUGGUCAUUACAACUUUAUUUGGAUGGCUCUUGUACUUUUCAGUUGCCUACCUCAGUUAUGUCUAUGUUUUUGACCACAAGAUUUUCAAUCACCCAAGAUACUUGAAAAAUCAAAUGUCAAUGGAAAUUUAUCGUGCAACAACUGCUAUCCCAGUUAUGGUAGCUUUAACUAAUCCCUUUUUCUUGUUGGAGUUAAACGGAUACUCGAGACUUUAUAUGGAUGUGAAUGACUGCAAUGGAGGCUGGAAAGCAGUUUUGUUUCAAAUUCCCAAGUUUAUUCUUUUUACUGAUUGCUUGAUUUACCUUAUUCACAGAUGGUUACACUGGCCGGGAGUUUACAAAAGACUACAUAAACCACAUCACAAAUGGAUUGUAUGUACCCCUUUUGCGUCACAUGCUUUCCACCCAGUUGAUGGAUGGGCACAGAGUUUACCCUACCAUAUUUAUCCAUUUUUGUUCCCAUUGCAUAAAGUUCUUUACUUGGGUUUGUUCACAUUUGUUAAUUUCUGGACCGUUAUGAUCCAUGAUGGAAAUUAUAUGUCAAAUGACCCUGUUGUGAAUGGUACUGCAUGUCACACUGUACACCACUUGUACUUCAACUAUAACUAUGGACAAUUCACCACUUUAUGGGAUAGAAUCGGAAGGUCUUAUAGAAGACCCGAUGACUCAUUCUUUGUCAAGGAAAAUAAAGCUGAAGAUACCAAAAGAAUGUGGAGGAAGCAAGUUGAUCAAAUGGAAGAAAUCAGAAAUGAAUUGGAAGGUAAAGUUGAUGAUAGAGUUUACAUUGAUCAAUAA